CAAAAUAAUGCUAUAUGAUUUAGUACAUAGACCAAGAAAAUCAAGAUCAAAUACAGGUGACAUCAAUAAACUGCUAGUGCUACUGUGUGAUCCUGUACGUCACAAUGUGCUCUCUGACUCAUUCUGACACGACUUGGCAUAGGCUAUGUCUGCGGCUCCAAAUGUUCCAAAUAGACAUGAACUGCAAUCGUCUCCUGCUAUCACAGCAACAAGAAACAAUGUCAUGUCAAAACAAAAGGGGUAAACAAUCGAUGCUGGUGCUGUUAUCGGCAAUACAGAAGAGUUGUUACACACUGAAGCGCAUUUGGCCGGAAAUGACAACAUUCAUUCUCUAACAAAAGUAGUUUUCUUUGCUCACCAUCCGUUUAUUAUGCACAUCAAGAGGGAUGGUGUUAAGCUGAAAAAAAGCAGUGCUCAAUAAGCAAAGCAAAUCUAUUUCGUCUUUAUAUAAAUAUAAAAAUGAGGAUAGGGACAAUGAAAAAGACAAUAAAGUAAUAAAAAAGACAGUGGAACCAUAAGAGCAUUAACAGAAGAACAGCACAUAGAUAAGAUAAUUUCAUAACACACUAUCCCUUUCACAUAUAAACUUAUUUGACGUAAUCUUUUUAAGGAUCAUGGAAAAUGCCAUUUAUAAUGAACAGGUAUCUAUGUAAUUACGAUUCCUGUCCCAGAACUUGAACGCAACAUUUGCAUUUUGUAUGCGCGAUGUUCUGUAAGACAUGUUAUAUGAUGUAAACUCGUCUGGAUUUUAUGGUUUAAUGAUGACCAUUUCCAGAAAGAAAAUCCAUACCGCUAAAGAUCUAAUUUGUUUCUUCAAGUCUCACGUAAGCCAACUACAGCAGUUGUAGAAAACAUACCAUGUUAGUAGGAUUACUCGACUUUAUAUCUCGACUCCAACAGUUCAGAUAGGAAUUAUUCAAAGUUAGUGCCCGAAUCUGGUGGACAAGAUACUGGUGGAUAAAAUGUGUCUUAUUUGGUUUUACGAUGCACUUAUCCCUGGGUUUUUAUAAACAAUUUGAGCCACUGCAAGCUCUAAAUGAAGAAGUAAUCUACCAAAUUGCAACAACUUUCAUAAUGACACAUGACGCGUUGACAAUUUGGUUAUUCAGUUAACCCUGGGGUACCCUAAAGACGUUUUUAUAUGCAAGUCUGCACAAAAUAACCAGCAUUUCUGAUAGGAUAGCCAAUUUUACAGUGUUAAAACCAGAAGCGAAAUACGUCUCUGUUGUGGGGUCUUGAUGCCAAGGAGCCUCUCAGAAAAGUUUAGCCUCGAGUUAUAAAGCUCUUAUUCAAUGUGCAGAAAAGCAGCGCCACCUGGUGUCCGAACUUUAAACAGAAUAAUUUUCAAUACCUCUUUGGGUCGAUUUUAGUGUCAUAAAUUUUAUAUGGGGUACUCAGUUUUCCUUUCCCACUGAUAGCAAAAAUAAUUAUAGGGUUCUGAUUGAGUACAGACAUUUUAAUCAUUAUUGCAAGAACAAUUUACCAAAUGUUGUUUAAGUCAACACCAAACAUUUCAGCCAGUAUGUUUAUUUUUUACUCAAAAGUGUAACUGCUGUCUUGAGUGAUCUUACGGUAUGCAUUUCCUAACACGUUUAAUUUGGUCAUUGCCUGAUGAAUUUGCCUUUGGACGCCACUGCUAGAGGGCGACUCCGACUUCCUCUUCAUAGUUUUAAUCCUGCUUUUGGUGGAGACCAAUCCUGAAUCAGAUUUAUAAUAUACUUUUAUCCUUUGGAGGGAUCUCGCUCUACUAGCUGGCAUACCAAAUCUGAUCCCAGAACAGCAAAUAACCUAUAUGGUUGAGGUCCAAAAGGGACAUACGAACUUGCUGGUGCUUGAGCUGGUAAUGUUAUGACAGGCUUUUGUAGAAGCCAAUAAUAAUUAUCCCAGUAUGAGCACUAACCAAUCAACGAUCCCGUUACAAUUUGUAAGGCGGGCUCUGUGAGUGGGCGUGCUAGAGACAAUAGGAAGAGGAGGUCAAAUUCACUUCUAAAGCUUCACAAACGUGAGACCGUGCUCAAGAAAGUUUAACAGUAAGAUGGACGUUUAAUGGGACUUUGCAGUAUACUUUAAAGUUAGUACAAUUCCAAUUAGGAAACAAAAGUGGUGACAUUGGUAAGAAUGUUAGUUUAUCUCCGGAUCAAUAGUGGCCAAGAGAGGCAUCUAGCUAAUGCUAACGCUGCAUGACGCGUGUUCACACACGAGUAGACAGGCAGUGUUUCUGUCAUGAUUAAGUUUGGAAUUGUGCUAACCAUCUUUAUCUAUAGAGAAGGGAUGUGUGAUGUUUCUCCGCAGAGCAUACAUUUAGGCUAAAAAGGUCUUUCGCUAACAUUGCUGCUCCACGUUGUUGUCUCUGGUAUUUAUCUCCUCUUUGGGACCUUGUGUCACGGUCACAGCUGUCAUGUUUCACUCUUUGCCUCGUCGUCCUGUCUGCGAGAUGAGUGUUAAUGCAUUGAGGCUUCAGAGCAGCAGAUCAUUCAGGUAUGCAGUCGAUGAGGGCCAAGGGAAGCUGCAAAGGCUUCCCUGGCUGGGUAGGAACGUCUCAAUGCUGUUGUCCUGGCUCCAGAAGGCAGGGGUUGGUGCCAGUGAGGCCUCGGGUCAGAAGAGGAAAGGGUUGCUUUCCAUUUUUGCGGACCACUGUGGCUUUGUGACAGGCCAGCGAUUUCGCCGUGCUUGUCAGAUUGGUGAGCUUUACUCAAACCUUUACUCCGAGCGAACCAAGUGGACUCUAGUAGGCAACAUAUGGCGCAGGUUUCAGAGCAAGCACGCCCAUUCUGGCAGACUUGUGGCGGCCCUGGCAGGUGUCUUCAUGUGGGAGAACGAGAAGAUUCCAGACGAUGAAAUACGCAGAUGUGGACUCGAACUACAAGCCCUGGAGGCUGUUAAACGCCUGUGCACAUCUUCAGGAACUGUGACUGGACCACAGGAAGCUGGCUGGGAGAGUGUGAUGGAGAAGAAAGAUUUCAGAGUUUGGAAGCGACCAAUUCCCAACAGUCACCUCUAUGAAUACAGAGUAUUGGGUUCAUACAGUGAUGUCACACCAAGACAAUUCUUCAAUGUACAAUUGGACACAGAGUACAGGAAGAAGUGGGAUUCUUUGGUUAUCAAGCUUGAGGUGGUAGACAGAGAUGCCAGCACAGGCUCUGAAGUCGUGCACUGGGCGACACACUUUCCUUAUCCCAUGUAUUCGAGGGACUAUGUGUACGUGCGCCGUUAUGAAGUUGAUGUCAAUAAUAACCUGAUGAUCCUGGUAUCCAGAGCCGUGAAUCAUCCCAGAGCACCAGAGACUCAGGAGUUUGUUAGAGUGCACUCCUACCAGUCGAAGAUGGUUAUUCGCCCCCACAAGUCCUUUGAUGAGAAUGGAUUUGAUUACUUGCUGACCUACAGUGAUGACCCACAGACUGUCUUCCCUCGUUACUGCGUGAGCUGGAUGGUGUCAAGUGGUAUGCCAGAUUUUCUAGAGAAGCUGCACACAGCUGCCCUGCGGGCCAAGAACUUGGAAGUGGGGAUUCAUGACUACACGGGUGUUGUUAAAUCUAGCGACACCAACCGGCAACCAAGCCAGGAGCGCCUCAGUGGAGAAAACACACACACAAGUGGUCCUGGGCAGAUCUAUGCUUGAAAUGGAAACUUAAUAGAGCAGUACUUAUGUUGGCACAUCUUCACUUGCACUCAAGUCUGAAUUAAACCCUCCAACCUCACCUUAAGAGGUGCACCACAACCGAAAAAGUUUUCAACCUAUGUUAAAGACACAUGUAUAUAGAUGUGGUUAAACUGGUUGUAAAUCGGAUGUCUCAAAAACAUCAGACUGCAUUGGUGACAUUAAUCUCUUUGUGGAGAAAAUCCCUUUGCUUUUCCAGCCAAUGUCACGUUUAAUGUUGAUCCUGCAACCAUCAGUAAGAUUGAACCAAAUUUCCAAUUUGUAGAGAUGCUUUUGCCAAAGCACUGUUUCUCUCAUCUUAGCAUCCUAUGGAUUGUCAUGUUUGACGAAGGUGGACUUUAAACCUUGUUCAGACUGCCAGCGUCCACACAACUGUGCCAGUGACUUUAGUGUGAUUUCUAAGGGAGGAGCCAUGGAUCUGAUUUGGCAGCAUUGGACACAGAACUGGACGGUACUUGUGAAAUGUCAGGACUCGGCAAAGUCCAUCCACUGGCAGAGGAAGAACUGUGGCCUCUAUGACUAGUUCUAUGACAGGUUCUUCAUUUCAUGGAUUUAAAGCUUGUUGUUUCCUGUUUGUUUGCAGCAUGAGAGAUUUAUGACUUGACAAUGAACAUUUAAGAAAAGCUCAUAAAAAAUUAUUCCUGAAAAAAAAAAGAACUUCAGAGGACAAAUCUAGGGCUUUCUUUUGUGCUUUGAAGAUGAAGUGUGUUUGUGGUCAGCACAGUUCAGGUGUCACGCUGUCCUCUUUACAAUGGGCGUUAAAAGCUGCCAGCCUUCUGAAGAUAAACCAGUCCUUCAGCGUUAGGGGCAUAGUGUCUUAUAACAACCAUAUAAAUCCUCAUAUGCAAUGAUACUUAUGUGCUUCAACCAAGGCAGUUGGACAAAGACACAAGCCUGUACCCUUUUUAGUGUAACAUAGAGCACUGAUGCUACAUUACAGCCCGUUUGAGUCACCAAUAUUUAGGUUGUCCCAUUUCAGCUCACCUGUUUGUGUUAAUCAGUAUAGUUUGUACUCUGGGAGUUUGUCUUUUGUGUAUUACUCUAGAUUUUUGUACGUUCAUAAAUUAGCCUGAAAACUGGAAUACUUUUUUUUUGUGUGUGUGUGCGCGCAACAAGGUCCAACGUUUUUCUGCUUAGUUUCAGUCGUACAGUUUUGUGGAUAAUAAUGAAACUCAUUCACCCUUGGAAGUAUUUGCAAUGAGCUGUAAGCGGGGGGUGUAACGAAUGUAAAAAGAGCACCUCAAGCUGUGGAGUAAAAUGUUGCCUAGUCAUAUGCACUGUUUACUGCCUCAGAGUGGUACAGGUAUCCUAGCAAUCUGUUUUGAAAAGACUUGUACUAAAUUUUAAUGUCAUUUGUCUGAGUUUAAUUGGCUGGCUGAAAGUCAUUAUGGUCUGUUCCGUUUUGUCCCACAUCAGCACUCAUACAUCUGUGCAGUGGGAUAUGUUUAAUUCUGUCUUGUGAAGUAUAUCUUACUAUUCAAUGACAGUGGCAGUGUGAGAUACUUUGAUGAAAAGGAAAUGCUUGUUUCUAAUGUUCUCAUGGUUUAACAAAACUGAAAAAAUUAUAUUAAUCAAAUUAAACAUGCCAUGUUUACUGAUUUUAAGUUUGUGUGUGAAUGUAACCUUUUUAUUUUUAUAUUUGUAGACACGUGUGCUACUUGCAGCAGUGAUGAGGAGGUAUCACGAUUUUCUUGUCUUUCUGCAGGUGUAAUGUCAAUUAGGAAUGGUGAUAUGCUUGUAACCCAGAUUAAUUAGAAAAUAUUUCAAAUGGAAGAGACUAACUAAAUUAAAUAAACAUCUUCAUGUGCAUGUUA